CGAUGUGUCUGCGUCGGACCGGUAGGAUGAAACGGGUGGAGCCACAUGGAUCCGCACCUUUUAGUAGUUCCGAGUCCGACUCAGGUGCAUCACUCACUAUCACUAACAACUUCACUAACAAACACUGGUCUGUUGCGCAAAUAUUUGAUAACUGGAUUUAUGCCUGGACACUGCCACAGCACAUAUCACAAUCAAGGUUUGGAGGGCGGCGAAAACCUUCAAGCGCAUGCACAAUCAUAGCCUUAGCAAUGGCAAGAGUUUAUCAUAGGUCGGGUAUGAAGCUGCCAGCUAUGCCUUUAUCAAGAGAGGGCAACAGUAACAAUGAAGUAAUUAUUCCAGUGUCAUUGUUAGCUUUACUAACAAACUCUAUAGUGGACGGAAAUGCAGUGCAUGCUCGAGAAAUGGCGAAGCGACAAAGCUCACGGGUGUCAUUUCUACCAACACUCGAUACGUUCACCAUACCACAAGGAAUUGAAGCAUUAGGAGGAGUAAUAAACGAAAUUGAUUAUAGAAGUGUUCGCGGAACUACAUGGAAAUUACUGCCUCAGCAUAUUCAGCACGCUAUAGAUAGUGAAUAUAUUGCGCAUCUACCUGCGCUAUUUUUUGUACUGAUUAUUGUUGAGAGAGCAGUGCUGAUUGUGCACGAGAGAGAUAAUGGAACAAUUGCAAUAUUAGAUUCUCAUUCACAUAUGCAAGGAAAGAAAGGUGCUGUGAUAGCGAUAUCUCAUGUGGCAAAUUUGCGUCAGUUUAGUUCUUUUAUAUGUCAGAACCUAUUUCCAGAAGUUUAUAAGAUGCAGCCAGAACAAAUGUUAUUUGAAAUCUCAUGCAUUCAAUAUUGUGGUCCAGAAAAAAGCACAGAUUCAGAAGGGCAAGCUGUCAAAGCACAUGUCUUCCCUCGACCAGUAAGAUUAUGCUCUGGAGAAGACAAACCACCAAUUCCAUCAUCUAGCAUGGACUCGGAACGAAUUGCUGGAUCAGGAAACGAUAUAUGGCAUGAAUUCGACAGUACUGACAAAAACAGUCUGCAUGAAAAAAACCUACUCGAUACGGAUAUCAGAAAAUAGACGAACGAUUUUUAAAAAAUGCCUCGAUGGCGAAGUGAGAGAUAAUACAAAAAAUAGCAUAAAGAUGAAAGAAUAAACGCGAAAC